AUGGCGGAUAGAUUCGAAGCUGCUCGUAGUAAGAUAUACGCGGCACACGAUGAAGACCCGACCAAGCAAAAGACCAGCGAUGGCUCUGAGGUCCCGUAUGAAUCGCAUUACUCACAGAAGAUGGAGUCGUACCUCUCGAAGCGGGCACCCAAUGCCUCGGACGUGCUGAGGCUGGCAAUUUGUGGUCAGCACUUCAGACGAUGGGAGGUCCCGAGAUCUUCCUAUCCCAUGACGAAACUUGGAUACCAUCAAUGGAGAACAUACCUCAAGAAACGCCAGGCCGAGCUGGUCGGACAGAUACUGAAAGAAUGCGGAUACAGUACAGACGAUAUCGACAGAUGCAUAGCCCUCAUUGAGAAAGAGGGCCUGAAACAAGGCGAGGAAGAGGUGCAGGUCCUGGAGGACGUGGCCUGCCUUGUCUUUUUAGACGACCAGUUUGACGAGUUCCAGACGAAGCAUGACGAAUCAAAACUCAUGACUAUUUUGCAAAAGACCUGGGGCAAGAUGUCCAAAGAGGGCCAGGACAUGGCGCUGCAUUUACCCAUGACGGAUGAGAGCAGGACGCUUGUUGAAAAGGCUCUCGCGGGCUAG